AUGGGAUCAGAGCAGGCGGCAGAGAGAGCAUGGGGUAAGGAGUGCGGGUUGGUUGGAGAGUACAUGGGUUUUGUGGCAGGACCAAAGGGGAUGAUGGACUUGAGGCUUUUAAAAUUUUGGGAAGGGUUUGGUGUAUCUGGAGAAUUAGGGAAGAGAGAUGGGUCAAGAGGGGAAGAAGGAGGAGUGGACGAAUCAGGAGGGGAAGAGGGGGGUGUUGACUCGGGUGAUGGGUUUGUGGUGUUCGUGAUUGAUGCUGAGGUCGUAGGCGACGAGGGAGACAGAGGCGACGGCAAGGGGUUUGGGGAGUGGGAGAACGAUGAAAGAAUGGCGUCUGUUGGAGCAGGGGAGAAAGGUUGUGUUGGGUCAGAUUGUGUGGGAUCAGAUGGGGGUGGGCUGGCAGACAGGUUGACUGAUGGAGAGUCAAGAACAAUGGGAGCAGGUUGGGCUGGACUUGUAGAAGUGUUGAUUUGUGAAGAGUCCAGGCUGGGCCCAAUAUCAAAUUGA